UAUUAUAGAUUAUAUAUAAUUAUGUACAUUUCGCAUAUUUUUUUUGUAAACACAAAGGAAGGAGGUAUCUGUUUCUACGAUAUCAUAGUCGAUCAUCUGCGAUGUGUUGGUUCGAAACCAUUUAAAAUCCGUAAAGUGACUAGAUGAGACGCUUCGUUUCGUCACGCUUUGCUUAAAUACUUUCGCUUUCGUGCUCCGCGGAUCAUCGUGAUCCUUAAUUGGAUAGGCUUGUGUGUAAACGCCGUUUUACAGUUAUUUACUGAUGCUUUAUCUCGGCACAUCCAGACCUACGCGGUGUUGAUACGACGAUUAAUUCACAGAUUAUAAAUAUUCAAUUUCAGUGGCUUCUCAGAAUAACAACAUUCCUCUUAUUUCGUGUGAAAGAAAGAAAGCGAUGGAGAAACAUAAUUUUUCUCUCGCGUGAUCUGCAUCGUUAACAUUAGUUAAAUGUUCAUAAAAACACGGACUUUUCAUGGCUUCCACGUGAUUAAAAGAUUUACGGCAAUUGACGUAAUAACUGCCUCUCCAUUGUUUAUUGUUUCACUAUUAAUUCGGAUAUAACUGCGUCGUAAAAAUACGUCUUAAAGAUGUCUUCGUAUUUCUUUUUAGGUGUCUUUUAGACUUUCGUAUCUGGACGAUGAAAGACCUUGCAUUUCGUAAAGACCUGUUUCGCAAUAAGUGAGCGGUCAAGGUACACGUAUAUAUUUACACACGUAACAAGGCGAAUUGAAAACAAUCGUAAAAAUGUGAUUUUUUAAAUCGUUUGAUCCAUUCUCUUCUGAUUUCUACUUGGGGAUUUAUUUAUUAACAGCAAUUGACGAUUUGCAAUAAAAUUACAAAUCCGUGUACCUAAAUGGAAUUAUUUCAAAAUUAAAUAAAGGAUCUAUUUUUAUUUUUUACCUUUGAAAAUUGCAUGUAAAAUUUCACUCGUGUUUCUAUGCAAACACAUAUAAUAUUAUUAAAAAGAAUACAAAAAAUUUGACAGGAAAUGGGUUAAGUGGACAGCCCCUAGAGAGAACCGUAUUUAAAAUGAUACGCACGUCGCAAUAUUCGCUAUUUCGAACGAUUUACAUUGCGGUUACAAUUACAUUCAUUCACGUUUAAAGUCAUCCAUGCAUAAAUAAAUGCGUAGAGAACGUGCCGAUCUUUCUUUCUUUCUUUCGACAGAUAAAUUUUUCCGUAAACGUUAUCUCUUUUUCUCUCUCUCUUUAUGUUAAUCUUUCCUUCGUACUUUGAAAUUUUCGAAAUUAAGUUAAGCUCUUUCACAAGAUUCUAAUGCUAUACACACGGGAUCUCCUGCCUCUCUUACACACUUCGAUUUUCUCUUAAGACUCGCUUUUACGCAGAGUAGAGUUAUUAUUAGAGGCACACGAUGUAUCUUACUCUAGACUUAUCCUGCGAAUCGAGGCGAUGCUCACACGCAACAUUAAAUCCACAGUACGUGGUGCCCAGGUAUAUCUUGAGUACCUGGAUAUUAGCGCCCAACGGAAAUGCACUUUACGGACGAACAAACGCAACCAUUUUUCUCCAUUUAUAGUUAAUUGCGAACACAUUCCCGGAGCAACCUGCAAUUAAUCCGACCAAUGACCCGAUUUAUCGCUUUCCCUGUUUUCAUUGAUUUAGCCGAGGGAGAGAUUUACACAUCGCCUAACGACAUACGACACAUCACAUCACAUUAGUCACCACUUUUAAUUCGUCUUGAUCGCGCAAGAUAUCGCCGAGGAAAUGGAACGGAAAAUGAUAACGGCGUGGAGCGAUAGAGGCAUUUUAUUAAUGUGCCUCGUCGUCGCGUUAAUUAUCACCCUCGCAGCUGCGUAUGAUCCGAAUGACAAGAACCUGAAAGACAUCCUGCUGCCCGAGGGUCAAUUCGAGGCGUUUUAUCUGAAGGGGACGCAGGACGAGGAGCAAAACGCCGUGAGACCACCCCAUCUUCAUGGAUCCUUUCAUCAGUAUCGAAAUCCUGCGUUGGUCGACGCCCCAAAUAGCGCGGCUUAUGGAUUCCGCUUCGACGGGAAACGCCGUUUCAAUUUCAAUUGAAUUAUUAUUAUCGAUAAUUGAGCCUGAAAAAAAAUGAAAAAAGGUUCAGAAACAUUUACUGAUACUUUCAUCAAGGUUGCGGUUAUCGAUUCAAACGCAAAAAUUAAAAAAAGUUUUUGCGGUCUAGUCGCUUAGCGAUUAGCAUCAUUUUGUGCAUUCACGCGUGUAAUUCGAAAGUGUGUAAUUCGAAUAUCUAAGAAUAUUUUAGAUACACGUAAGAUAUAUAUAUAUAUAUAUAUA